AUGCGCCUCUGGCCUUUCAGCGUUCUCCCAGGCCACUCGUUCCGACAUCUCAACCCUGCUCUUCCUCUACCAGAUGUGCCGUGGGCGGAUGCUGGACGCCUGUGCUGUUUGCGUGUGAGAGCACUCAAACUCUGCCAGGUAUCGGAGGAGCACGUGGAGCAGGUGGUGGAGGUGAUGGGGUUGGCACCACUCAUCUCCCUCACCACGGACAUUGCAGCAGCAGACGCCGUGCUGGCACUGCGCUCCAAGCUCAAGGGCAACGCGUGGCUGCGCGGGGCCAACACGGCGUCUCAGGUGGUGCGGGCUCUUCGUGCCAUCCUCAACCUCCCCACUCUCACCUCUCCGCCUCCCUCCUCCUCCUCCUCCUCCUCCUCCUCCUCCUCUGCCUCAUACGCCGCCUCUCCGCCUCACUCUUCCCCUUCUGCUACUCUUUCUCGCAACGCGCCCCUUCCUGAUGUUGCUAUAGCGUCAUCCACACCGCCCACCAACUCUCAACCUUGCAAGAUGAGAGCAGCAAGGGUGGCGGUAGCAGCAGCAUCGGCAUUCGCAAGCAGCAGCAGCGGCAGUUGGGUGGGUGGGGCUGGAGAGGACGAGGAGGCAACAAGAGGGGCUGGCGGAGGUUCAUUGGAGGACGAGAUUGAUGCGCUGGAGGAGGCGCGCAUGGCAGCGGAGAGCAUGAUGGGGAGCGCAGCACAAGCAGUGGACCUGCUACCACGCGCCCCGCGCAUCCUCUCCCUGCAGCUGCAGCUGAUCAAUGACUACCCCCUCUCCUGGCAGUACACUGGCUCUCCCCCCACCCGCCGCAUCCGCAUCCUCCCCCUCCCUGCCUCUGCUCGCUCGGAGCUUGCUCCAGCUGUCAUUUGUCGAUCCAAUUCUCCUGUUGGUGCCAUUGGUAGCGUUGGCCUCCGGUGUUACGAGUGGUGGAGAAAGAAUGGGAUGGCAGGGAGAACAGGAAGAUGUUGA